AAACAGUGAGAUCUCCAUCGUUUGACAGGAGAAAUACUCGCAGCUGAAAAUGUAAAACCCCAUAAAGACUUAAACCCUAACACUGACGCAGAGAGAACACAAAAUUAGCCAUCAUCUUGAGACGACCAGAGUCAAAACCCAAGAAAAUGCGUUCUACACGAAUCAUUACCAGCACAUGCAACAAACUGUCUACCUUCUCAUUCUUCUCCUUAUCUUCUUCCUCUGGAUACUGUCACCUAACUCUUCAACAGCACCGUUCGAUCUUCUCCACGGCGCAGCUCCAGAGCUCAUGGAUGGACAAGAUCAAAGGGGUCUUCACUGGGCAGAAGACCAGCCCGGGAGAACCCCAGCUGAUCAGCUCCGAAUCAUUCACGCUUCUCCGGUUUGCGGAUGAAUUGAAGAAUGCUAGAAGGCUAGGGGCAUUCAAGCAAUACAUAGUGGGUCGAAGCAGUGAAGCGACAUUUUCCGAUGCUUUUGAAAAACAGGAAGCUAUAAUUCGAUACCUUGGAGGCUUUGAUCCUACUGGAGAGAAUCUUCAAAGCAGUCAAAAACAAGAAGCAGCAAAGCAUUGUAAUUGCACAAUAGCUGAUGUUGAGAACGCACUUGCAAAGUUUUUAUGGGCUAAAGAAGCACAAAAAAAGAUAGAGAAGUUAAAAGAAGAAGGGAAACCAAUGCCGAAGAACAUUGCUGAGGUGCAAAAGCUGGUGGGUUCAACACCAUAUGAUCUUGCCAAGUCUAAUUUGGCUAAGAGUGGUCAAAUCAGUAGGAAUGCGCUAUGCCCUUGUGGUUCCAAGAAGAGAUACAAACGGUGCUGUGGGAAGGAUUGAGGGUGCAAAGGAUUGAAGGGAUUUGAGAAUUAAAAUUUUACAGCGAAAAGAAUCCUGCUCCAAAGUCUUGGAUAUGAGAGUUGCACAGCGAUGGUAGAAUCAGUUUUCUGUCUCAAAUAAUGUCUCUUGUUGGAGCCCUUUGGUUUUCUUUCAAUUAGUUGGACUGGUUGGCCUUCAGACGAGGUCCUCGUACUGCUUUCAGGAAUUGAUGAUCAGAUGGGAUUUUUUACCCAGUCAUUGCUCCUGUUUAUACAUUUUUGCAAUGAAAUUGGAAACUGGUAUAUAAUGCAUGGAAGCCUUGUUCUUCUUCA